ACGCGCGCGUACGCUGCACUUUCUCUCCCGUAUCCUCCCGAGUCAACGCCGCGAUCUCUUCCUCUUCUCUUCUCUACCGUUCCCCCCCUCGAGGCGAAGCGAGAAGAACAAGAAGAAGAAGAAGAUAUCCCAAGCUCCCAUUUUUUCAACCCUCUCCUCUCUCCCCCUCCACCUCGAAUCAAUCCCCUUUUUCUCCUCCUCAAUUUGAUACCCGAAUCGUAGGAGGAGGUGGAGUUUAGGGUUUAAUGGCAACUGCGUCUUCCUCUUCGUUGGAGAGUCGCGUCGUGGGGAUCCCCACCCACGGGGGCCGCUACGUGCUCUACAACAUAUACGGUAAUCUCUUCGAGGUCCCCUCCAAGUACGUCCCCCCUCUUCGCCCCCUUGGUAGAGGCGCGUAUGGCAUUGUUUGUGCGGCUGUGAACUCGGAAACGGGUAAAGAAGUUGCGAUCAAGAAGAUCGGCAAUGCGUUCGAUAAUCGAAUCGAUGCGAAGAGAACUUUGCGAGAAAUUAAGCUUCUUCGCCACAUGGAUCAUGAGAACGUUAUUGCCAUCAAGGAUGUAGUACGCCCUCCGCUGAGGCAAAACUUCAAUGAUGUUUACAUUGUAUAUGAAUUGAUGGAUACCGAUCUCCAUCACAUAGUUUGUUCGGGCCAGCCAUUGACUGAUGAUCAUUGCCAGUUUUUUCUGUAUCAGUUACUACGAGGACUGAAAUAUGUUCACUCGGCGAAUGUGCUGCACCGUGAUCUUAAGCCCAGCAAUCUGUUCUUAAAUGCUAAUUGUGACCUUAAGAUAGGAGACUUUGGAUUAGCGAGGACAACUUCUGAAACGGAUUUAAUGACGGAGUAUGUCGUAACUCGGUGGUAUCGGGCGCCCGAAUUGCUCCUGAAUUGUUCAAAGUAUACUGCUGCUAUAGACAUUUGGUCAGUUGGAUGCAUACUUGCUGAAAUUGUGACCCGCGAACCUAUAUUUCCCGGAAGAGACUAUGUCCAGCAGCUAAAAUUGAUCACAGAGCUAGUAGGUUCACCAGAUGAUUCAAGCCUAGGGUUUCUUCGAAAUGAUAAUGCAAGAAGAUAUGUGAAACAGCUUCCAUGGCACCCAAAGAAAAACUUUGCUGCUCACUUCCCUACAAUGUCUCCUGGAGCAGUUGACUUACUUGAGAAGAUGCUUGUGUUCAAUCCAAACAAACGAAUCACAGUUGAUGAAGCUUUGCACCAUCCGUAUCUGGCCUCUCUUCACAACAUCAAUGACGAGCCUAUCCGUGGGGCACCUUUUAUCUUUGAUUUUGAGAACCCAUCAUUUACUGAAGAAAAUAUAAGGGAGCUCAUCUGGAGGGAAUCUCUAGUGUUCAACCCGGACCCUGCUUACUAAGAGGUACUGAGAAGUACAGAAUUAUUUGUAGGAGUGAUUCAGGACUGAAGCAAGUUCACUUUAUAUUUCUUCUGGGAUUUAGGGCAUAAUAUCUGAACACUAUGAAGUACAGCGACUAGAUAUACGUCUAUUUGUCCUUCAGUAGAUACAUGGACGAUGCUACGGAAAAACUUCCCAUAUGACAGAUUACUAUAAAGUUUGAUAAGGUUUGGGAUGCAUAUCCAAAUAAAGCAGAUCUGAAGAACUUGCUAUGUCCCCUUCUGAGAUUACAUUGUCAUUGUGUUUUUAGUUUUUCACUUUUCAGAAGCCUGUACAUUCCUAAGCUGAUCUUGCUGCCUUGUUAUACUGUUCCAGUACAUACAAACACUGUAAAUUUCUUUAUGUUUGUAAAAGCAGCUGCUUUUCUUAUGACACAAAGAAUUUAUGAUUGGUGAAAUGCUGACAAAUUUGACUAGUUCUUAUUCUUUA